AUGAGGCACAGCUUGACGAAGCUGCUGGCGGCCUCGGGCAGCGGCUCCCCGGCCCGGAGCGGGAGCCCGGCGCCGGUGCCGUCCCCGGCCUCAGGCUGUCUGCGCCCCCCGGGCCUGGCCCGGGCAGUGGCCGGGGAGGAGGGCAGCGGCGGCGGCGGCGGCGGGGAGGAGGAGGAGGAAGAAGGGGACGGGCCUCCGCGGCGGCAGGAGGGCGCCCCGGAGGCUGCGCCUGCUGAGGAGAAGAUGGAGGAGGAGGAGCCGCCCGCGGCCGCAGCCCGCUCCGAGGAGCCGGAGGACAUGGACUUUCUGUCGGGCCUUGAGCUGGCUGACCUGCUGGACCCCCGGCAGCCAGACUGGGACUUGGAGCCGGGCCUCAGCUCGCCGGGGCCGCUGUCGUCGGGGGGUGGCUCGGACAGCGGGUGCCUGUGGAGAGGGGACGACGACGACGAGAUGGCGGCCGCGGCCGCCGAGAUGCAGCGCUUCUCGGACCUGCUGCAGAGAUUGGUGAACGGCUGCGGCGGCGGCGGCGGCGGCGGCCCCGGCGGGGGCGGCGAGCGGAGGCGGAGGAAGAACCCCGGAGCGGGAGGCAGCGACGGCGGCGGCGGCGGCCCCGGCGGCCACGGCCCGGCGGCGGCCAAGAGCCCCCGCAAAGCGGCCGCCGCUGCGGCGCGGCUCAACCGGCUGAAGAAGAAGGAGUACGUGAUGGGGCUGGAGAGCCGCGUCCGGGGCCUGGCCGCCGAGAACCAGGAGCUGCGGGCCGAGAACCGGGAGCUGGGCAAGCGCGUGCAGGCAUUGCAGGAGGAGAGCCGCUACCUGCGGGCCGUGCUGGCCAACGAGACCGGCCUGGCGCGGCUGCUGAGCCGGCUGAGCGGCGGGGGACUGCGACUCACCACCUCCCUCUUCAGGGACUCGCCCGCCGGGGACCACGACUAUGCCCUGCCUCUGGGCGAGCGGCAACAGGACGCCGGGGAGGACGAGGACCCUGCGGGAGGAGUAUGUCUCCACGUGGACAAGGAUAAGGUGUCGGUGGAGUUCUGCUCGGCGUGUGCCAGGAAGGCCUCGUCUUCUCUUAAAAUGUAGGGUCAAGUAACCUGCUCUUUAUCCGUGUUUACCCCUUUCAGCUCCCUUACACCAUGUAAAAACACUUUAGUGGGACAUCUUCACUGGACACAUUUCAGAGAAGAAAAGUAAUAAUGAAUCAUUAAGUGUUUAGCUAAAAGCAUGAAUGUGACACAGUAACCGACUCUUAAUGAUAACAUGUGACUAUUAAAUUUCUCUGACAGUUUCUUUUUUAGGUGAUUUCCUCCCUGCCAGGCUCCGUUGUAGGGGUUACAGAACAGUCGUACCCGCCUCACAACCUGGUAAGGAUCCAUCUCUUCCCCUAAAAGCUCAUGCACUGCUGGUUAGUCUACUUUAAUGGGCAAACAUACACAAUUGUUUGUAUUGGGGGAUUUAAAACAAAACAAAACGAAAAACAAACAAAAAAACUAAUUUGGGCCCUGUCCACCCUGGAAACAGACUUGUGCUGGCCACUAGUGUGUUUAAGAUGCUUCCUCUGAUUGAAACAGCUGUUGAUGUGUGUGCCCUUGUUCAAACUUACUUGUACCUAGCUGUUCUGUCCCCAGUGUGGACAUGGCCUUCGAUGACAUCGUUCCAACUGUGCAGUGAAACCUGCUUAUAGCCAUACAGUUUGGACACAGUGAAAAAAGGUGAAGUUGAAUGGAAGUUCCAGUUGUACAAGGUGCAAAUUGGAAUUCCAGUUGGAGUGCAAUUUUGCAGGGGUUGGCUAUAUGAUUAAAUCCUGUUGUACUUUUCAAACAGCUUUGAGUAUUUGGGGCAUGAACAAAUAUUCUGUAGUUCUAAUUAGAGAUGGUAAAAUCUCUUGAAUAUUCAGGAAUGCCUCUUAGUUUCCUAUAUAAGAUAUAUAAACUUAUACAGGCUCAUUAGAUUACAGAACUAAAUAUCAAUGUUAGAGAAUUGGAAAUAAUAUGCAUACCAGACUCCUUUAUUUAGUUAAACAGCCAUUGAGAAGAGUAAUAAUGUUUAAAUAAAACUGUUUCCUUGAGGACCAGCACAGUGAUUCAGUCACUGAGUAUGAAUGAGUUGUUGAAUAUCUUUAUUUUGUUGUAUUAAAAUUUAUAAGUUAAAUUUGUGUCUGUACCAUUAGAGAUUUUAAAGAUGGUUAAAUGAAUGAAAAAAUGUAAAGUGAGGUUUCACAAAGGAUGAAUUUUAUAACUCCAAAUAUAAAAACUAAGAUACUUGUUUCCUUUUUUGGUAGAUGAAAAAUUUUGGUGUUAACUAACCAAUGAAGUUAAAAAACACUUUUGACACUUAGAGAAGCUUUUCCCAUAGCUGGGCUGCUCUCUUGUGUCCUUUGAGUACACUAAUCAUACCUAUUAGCAUAAUCGGAGACCGAUAGAAAUUCUUUGUGAAACAUCACUGUUUGAUAAAGUAUACGUGUAUUUAGCAUCCUUGUUUUUCUUUAUGCUAAAGUGGAUACAGCUGUUGGGGCAGAAGAGACGGGACCAGCUGCUGGCCACAUUUCCUGCUUUAUUUUAAAAGGUAGUAUAAGAAAUGAGGAAAAAGAGGUAAUAUCAGGGCUUCUGCUGUCUUUUUAUUUUAAAAUUGUGCAUAAUUAAAAAGUUAAUUCCAGCAGUCCAAAGAUGUAGUUAACUUUCAUUUAACAUGUUUUUGUUUUGUAAAUGGAAUCCUUUUUUGCACAACUGUAAAUGUUCGUUGCUGGAGAUAAGGUAUUUGAGACUUAAUAUUGGUCUCUGGUUUGCAAUUAUGCAUCACAACAUAUUUUGUAAAAUCAUCUACUGCACUUGAGCAUGAAUGGGCAAUAGCUACACUUAGAACAUGAAAUGAUGAAUCUGCUUAUACCUAAGAGCAGGAUUAAGUCCCCAAAAUGCAACUGCAUGUAUUUUUAGUGCCUACUGAAUCAUACAUAUAUAAACCAAAAUUAGUUGGAAAAUUAUUUGAAACAGUGACUAACUUGUGAUAUCUUUAUGGAAUAUGUUAAAUGUAGCUUUGAAACAGAAGCCUUGAAUUGGAAUUUUAACUAACAAUACUUGAAUAUUUUGUAUAUAUUUCUUUGUAUAUAAUUUUGUGCAGUACCAAUGACAAUAAGAAUAUGGUGUCAUAAUAAAACCAGGUUUGUUGAUCUUUCAGUAAUGGGCUCAAAGAAUUUGUUCAUCUCUAUCCUUACCUUAAUAUUGGAAAGAAACAGGAAUGGAAAUCAGGAAAAUGUUUGUUAGAGUUGGCUCUGGGUCUUAAGGGUUCUGGAAACAGUAAGUGUGGUGUUUUUCAUAACAACAUUGUCUUGUUGACAUCAGUAUAAUUCUUGAAUUAAUUGAGGUUUGGGGCUGGACAAUGCAGGAGAAACAUUGAUUAAAGCUUUCAGAAUUGGGAUGCUGUUUGUUUAGAAUCACAUCAUUGGAAUCUUUGCUUUGCAAAAAUGUCAUUUUACAAAUGACAGUAUUUGGAAAUAGUUUUACAAAAAAUUUUAAAUGUGGAAAAAGUUGAAGAUACUUUUAAAAGCUGCUUAUUUUAGGUUCCUUGUGUUCUAUUAACUGUCCCUUACUAGUUUCCAUUUCAUUCCUUUUUCCUGAUUUUGAUGACUAAGUGUUUUUGUGUCAUUUAUUACAUCAACUUCAUGUUCUUGUUUUCACAUGGUAAUAAUCACUUGUUUUUUAGAACCAGCAAAGGUGUUAGUAAAUAUGGUCAUAUUUAUAUGUAAACACAUUUUACUAUAAAUGUUUGGGCUUCUUAAACUAAGAAAAAACUGAUUACUUUCAAUGUGUAGUGAGUAGAAUACCCUAACACAUGUCCCCUCUUCUUGUUGUUAAUUAAAACAGUUAUGAUUAUUAA